AUGGUUAAAAUGGGGCUGUUCGUAGCUGCAAGAUUUCUCGGUAAUGAAAUGUCGCGAAGAGGAACGGUACCACCAUUGAAUCGGUUAAGAAUAAUAUUUGCAUUUGCUGCUGCUAUUGUUUUGUUCGUUUUUGGUGUUGUCGCUGCUGUUCAGAUCAGACAUAAUCCCAAUUCUCCAAAUGACAGUAAUGUUGUUAUUGCCGCUGUUAUUUCAUUUAUUGGAAUGGUUAUUUACAUAGCAGAAGCUGUUGCAAGAAAUCGUAAAAGUCGACUUGUUUAA